AUGUAUGGACUCAUGUCUUUGUUGGUUUACUCCGUCGUUCAUAUGAAGUUCAUCACUCCCCUCGGUAUGGACGCCCCGCUGGAUCGCUUCUCUGAAGCCAGAGCUGUGGAGCACGUUCGCGUCUUGUCUAAAGAUAUCGGCGGUCGCCAGGAAGGGCGUCCUGGUUUGAGACAAGCAGCUCUGUAUAUUAAGACACAGCUAGAAAUGAUUAAGGAGAGAGCUGGACCAAAUGUUAGGAUAGAGAUUGAAGAAACAACAGUAGAUGGUUCGUUCAAUAUGAUUUUCUUAGGACAUAGCAUAUCUCUGGCUUAUAGAAAUCACACCAAUAUUCUUAUGAGGAUUUCUUCUAUAGAUUCUCGAGAAAACGACCCAGCAGUUUUGGUGAAUGGCCACUUUGACACUCCACCAGGUUCUCCUGGAGCUGGUGAUUGUGGUUCAUGUGUUGCUUCUAUGCUUGAACUAGCUCGGCUAUGUGUUGAUUCUGCUUGGGUUCCUCUUCGACCAGUUAUAUUUCUAUUUAAUGGAGCAGAAGAGCUGUUUAUGCUGGGCUCACAUGGUUUCAUGACAACACAUAGAUGGCGUGAUACUGUUGGGGCUUUUAUAGAUGUUGAAGCUUCUGGUACAGGUGGAACUGAUCUAGUAUGCCAAUCUGGACCUGGAUCAUGGCCUUCAUACAUUUAUGCUCAAGCAGCUAUUUAUCCUAUGGCUAAUAGUGCUGCUCAGGAUGUUUUCGGUUCUAUACCUGGUGAUACAGAUUACAGAAUGUUUGCCCAAGAUUAUGGGGAUAUUCCUGGACUGGACAUCAUCUUUCUCUUUGGGGGUUACUUUUAUCAUACUUCCUCAGAUACUGUGGAAAGAUUACUACCUGGAAGCAUGCAAGCACGUGGGGAUAAUUUAUUUAGUGUAGUUAAAGCCUUCACUAACUCCUCUAUGCUACAAAAUGCACGUGAAAGGGAAUCUCUUAGACGUGCUGCAAAUCGUGAUGAACGGGCAGUUUUCUUUGACUACUUGUCAUGGUUUUUGGUAAUCUAUCCAAGACAGCUGGCUGUGAUGCUUCAUAGUAUUCCUCUUGCCAUCUACCUACUUAUGCCAAUUUUUUUGCGAUUUCCAAAUAGAGUGUUUUCCUGUUCAUUUAUGACUCUCUUUGACUUUAUCAAAGGAAUGCUACAUCAUGCUUUAGGGAUUCUACUGGCCAUUAUUUUUCCAGUUGUUUUUGCAAUCUUGAGAUUGCUGUUCACAAGACAUUCAAUGAACUGGUUUUCUAAUUCAUACUUGGCCUUUUUGAUGUUCAUACCGUGUUCACUUCUUGGUCUGUUAGCACCACGAUUCUUUUGGAGAAAUUUUCCUCUCUCUCAAAAUGUUUCAGUAGUCAAAUCAUCAAAAGAGGAACUGGCAGGUGAAGCAAGGUUUUGGGGAGCAUUUGGGUUGUACUCCUUUAUGACGUUGGGGUAUCUGAUUUCUGGGUUAAAUGGAGGUUUCUUGACCUUUUUGUUGGCAGUCUUCAUGCUUCCUGCAUGGAUCUCCUUCCUGCUAUCUACAAGGUCCUUUGGUUUUGAUUCUCUCAGGUCAACUGCAUGUUACGUGAUUCCUUUAAUUCCUUGCUUAUUGUACUCAGUCUACUUUGGUGGGUUCCUUGCUGCAUUUUUGAUAGAGAAAAUGGGAAUGACAGGGUCUUUUCCACCUCCUUAUGGAUAUUUUAUAGCAGACAUUGUAGUUGCAGCAGUUGUUGGACUUGUGACUGGUUGGUGCGUCGGACCUCUUUUGCCUGUUGUUGGCCAAUGGUUAGCAAGAUCAUCUAUCAUGCAAUUCUUGCUGCACGGAAGCAUACUUGCUCUGGCUCUGUCAUCUCAAUUCUUUCCAUACAGCACAGAUGCUCCGAAAAGGGUGAUCUUCCAGCAUACUAUCAGAACUGCAGGUGCAAGUCAUAUUGACGAUUGCAGUUAUGAUUUUUCCGUGGUUGACUCAAAUUCUCUUCUUUUCGUCUUUAAACAUGCUCCAGAAGUGGCAAGAGAACUGCAUAUUGAUUCAGAAUUAUCCUUUGAUACUGCAAAUUUGUCACUGCAAGAGACUUGGCUGGGCACUUUUCCAAUAUCUUACUUGUUUUCCGGAAGUUUGAAGUUCUCAGCAGAGAGAGAUGACGUCUUGAAGCAAUAUAGAAACUUUCCACAUCUAAAAACUUAUAGGCCACAAGCUCUACUUGAUGGAGGGUCCCGCAGAAUUUACUUGGAAUUUCACCUGGGGUCCUUGAAAGAGGUAUGGGUUGCGGUGCUCAACAUAACAGGUCCAUUAUCCAGUUGGUCAUUUGCUAAUAGUGUACUACCAGCUCCUGAAAGGGUUACUAAUGGACCACCAUCAUACAUAUGUAGAUUAAGUGGUGCAAGCCAUGAGAACUGGACCUUUUGGUUGGAGGCAAGAAGUUCAGAAUCUUUGAGGGUCGAAAUUGCUGUGUUGGAUCAGCAUUUAACAGAGUCUGCCACCAAGUUGAAAAGCCUUUUUCCUAAUUGGAUAGAUGUUACUGCUUUUUCAAGUUUUAUGUCAAGCUAUGUCUUCUAGCUUGAUGAUUUUCCUUCGAAAGCGGGUACCAGCUGGAAUAAUUACUCUGGAUUGGUUUUAACAGUGAGGUGUCUUAUAGGUGCAAAAUGGAUACUACUGUGUGUGUCAUAUCAUUCUUUGAUGCCACUAUUUCCCUUCCAGUGGGUUGGCAGUUGAAACACAAUAAAUUUUGCCUCUACGGGCCGGAUUUCAAUUUCCUUUGCAUUGAUCGGUCAGUAGCAUGCCAGCAACUAGCGACAUUUUUUGUAUUGAUCUCACAUGUAUUUUCUUCUAAAUCUAGGACCGAGAACAAAUGUUAAUGAAAAUUUUAGAUUUUGUAAGUUGAUCGUACUGCAUGUUUGCAUGUAGCAAUUAGAAAUGAUUAUUACUAGAAGGAUGAGAAACUACAGCUAGGACUAUAGAUGUUGUUUGGUUUUUCCAUAAAUUGACUCGGUUUUUGGGAAUGUGCUCGGCGAUGGGAAUAAUCUAUUUAGACUUGUUUCUUGAGAUGU